AUGACAGGAAAGCUUUCACAGCAGAGAUGUGUAGGGCGUAGACUGGGCCUUAUCCACGCCUUGGGGAAGAGGCUUGGACGAAGAGCCGUGGGAGAGCAGAAUAGGGAGCUGACACUUUCGUCCAUCAGGUUGGGCCUGUGUCCGCGUCUCACAGAAGCCUUCGGCCUGGCCCAGCCUUGGCCAGAGUGGCUUAAGGGCAGCAGGCAGGGAGAAAAGGUGGGAGAAGGGAAGCAGGACAUCUCCCCUGGCCGGCAUUCAGGACACAGCCCACGGACACCCGGAAGGAGGCGGACGCAGAAGCCAGAGGGUGUAGGCCUUGGUGCCCGCCUUCGAGAAAACACCCAGCCAGACAGAGCUGGGACUCGGAGGAACCCCAGGAUAAGAUGGGCCCCGCAACAUGGGAAAUUGUGCCCAAACACAAGUUCACCGGUAACGUCAGGUUACUAUGGUGUCAGAAGAUCUUUCCUCUCUGACUCGGAUUUCCACAACACGAAACAGUUUGCAAACGACGUCUGCACCUCACCGGCGAAGCCCUUUCCCUGUGAGUCCCCCGCAGGGCAGAGCCACCCGGCCCUCCUGGAUUCCUACUUCCCGGAGCCCUACGCAGACCACCGGCCCCCGCCGGGCCUGACCCCCAGCACCGGCUCUCUGUUCAGCGCCUCGCCCCUGCCGCCGCUCCUGCCUCCACCCUUCCCUGGGGACCCCACGCACUUCGUGCUUAGGGACUCAUGGGAGCAAACGGUGCCCGAUGGUCUCAGCCAGGCAGACCCCAUGCCCGCCGAUACCCCGCAGACCUUGCCGCCCAGCACAGGAUGUCUCUCGCAGCUGGAGUCUGGGACCAGCACUCAGCACAGGAGCUCCAGCUGGGGGGCCCCCCUAGCUGGGGCUCAGUCCUACUCCCUGCAUGCACUAGAGGAUCUGUAUCAUGUGCCGGGGUACCCCACCCCACCCCCGUAUCCCUUCACCCCUUUCAUGACCAUGUCCAAUGAUCUACCGCACAAGGUGGUGCCCCUCGCCCCAGAGGAGGGGGUAGACGCCCCUUCCCUUCAGGACCCCUCUUCGUGGACCAAAGAAGACGGGAGCAUGGCGUGGGGGUCAUAUGAGUGCCGUAGAGCUUACUGA